AUGGAUAUGUACGCCAGGGCUCAGGGCAAUCGAAUGAAACCAAGAAUAUCUAUGAAAAAGAGUUUUGGUGAAGGUGUACUGCACUCUAUGAAGUCGCUGCUACACAGCAGAAAAGAGUUAUGCAAUGUAUCGACAGAGGAAUGUCGAAAUCGGGAAGAUCAAGAUCAUUUUAUUGAGAUUACAUUUAUAGGUUUUGCUGAAGAGAUGGGUACUGCGCGUUUGCAGGAGUUGGCAGCUGUUUCUGUAGAGCUCCCAGAUGUUCUGAAAUCGCUCCAGUUGUGCAAACUAAAAGAAAACGAGGUUAUAUUUCUAAAAGAUGUGAAGAAAACCUUGGAAAAACCUUACGCCAUGAAACAUCAGAAUCAGCUUCCUGAAGUGUUUUGUGUGAUGAGACUGUCUCCUUCAUUCCCAAGGAUCAAAGUUGAUCAUGUGUUUACCUUGCUAAGCAAGUAUGCCACAGGCAUAAGAUACACAGUGGAAAUAAACUCAUCGCAAAAACAGCAUACAGAGGCAUCCCAUGGAGAAGAUGAUGAUACUAAUCAGUCAGUUUCUUCAAUUGAGGAUGAUUUUGUCACUGCUUUUGAACACUUAGACGAAGAUGAGCCUUCAAAAAUACAAAGUGCUGGUGCAUGCAGCUUUACUUCUCAAAACUAUCGAGAUGCUGCUUCACAGACAAUCCCUGCUCAAUAUUUAGAAGCUGUUGACUCAAAGAUCCUUGUGGGUUCUGCACGUCGAAAGUCAUCUGCCAGAUCUUCUACUUUGAUUGAUAUUUUGGGACUUAAGGAACUGUCCUCAGUAAAAAAUUCCGUUACAACCUCAAUUUCUGAUCCUUGGAUACAAAGGAGUUUCUAUAAGCCAUAUAAUCCUUCUGAUCAAGGUGUUAAUUUUUUACGUAAAACAUUAUUUUCCUCCUCUCCAGCUGAAUCCUCUGAGUCAGAUUGCUCCAGCCCAAGCCCCAUCAUCUUCUUAGAUGAAGAAGGGUAUCAAAAAAGCUUGAAGGCAAAACUUCAGCUGCCAAAAAUUCCAGUAGUGAAAGAUGGUAUAGAAGAUUCAGACUCAGAAGUAAGUGAAUUUUUUGAUAGUUUUGAUCAGUUUGAGCUGGAACAAGCCUUGGAAAACUCUUGUAAAGUUAUUAGGGAUCCCAUCCUGGGGAAUCCUGCCCAGAAAAGGAGGACUGCACAUGAAAAAUUGUCUUCUGCAAGUGUUGCAAUGAAUCCUCAGAAAUUCAAGUUUGAACGUCCUGCUCUCCCAGCCAAUGUAAAGAAACCAACUCCUCGUAAACCAGAAUCACCAUACAGCAGUGUCUUUGAUGUCCCGGAUUCUCCUCGCCCAGUGAAAACAUCAGGGGAAGAGAACGGAGGCUUGUUCAGCCCUAUUAGAUCAUCAGCUUUCAGUCCACUGGGGAGCUGUGGUUCUUCUGAGUGCUUAUGUCGAAUUAAUCUUGGUGGCGAUGGGACAGGUCAGAAUCACAAUGAUGCAGUUUAUAAUAGUUACUCAGCAUACGCUGAUAGUGUUUCUUUUGAAAUACUGGGUUCUGUUUUUCAUUCUGAGUCCUCAUCAGAACAAGUAUGUGCAGGAAGGGAUUUGAAACACGAAGGGAUUGCUUUGAAAGAGAAAAAAGAUGAAGCUGCAGAUCUCGAAAUGAAAACUGGUAAGGAGCCAGGCAAACAAGCAAAAUCUAAACAUAAGUCAUUGAUGAUUAGAGAUAGCAUUCAAAAAUUUGCAACUGAAUUAGUUGAAAAAAGUUUUGGCAGUGCAUUUAAAGACCUGCAAAAAGGUGUUUCUUCAUGCACCAAUGCACUUUGUCAUUUGGCUGCUAGGUUGACUUCUUCGAUCUUUCAGAUGGCUUUUUAUGAGAUUGGAAGACGUAGAGCAAUCUCCUUGAAGGAGCGUGCCAUUAAUGGGAUAGCAAACUUUUUGGUGAGCGAAGCUAUAACCGGUGCUUUGAAAGAACUGCGGCACGUAAAGAAGCAGAUAUUUACUAACACUGUUGCACGGUUUGCGGCGGACCUUGCUGAAGAGCUUGUAUUUGAAGGAAUCAUGGAAGUAUGCCAGUUUUCGUAUCCGUCGACACCUACAACUGCACAGCCUUCAUCAUUUGAUUAUGAAGACAAAGUGGUAAGAUCCUAUGCCAGAGAUUUGUCUGAAUCUGUCAUUCAGGAGGCUUUUAUUGAACUAUCUCAGGUUGAUGUGACCUUCACAACACAAGCAGCCAUUAGUGUUUCCAUGGACAACAUUAAAUAUGUGAGCUCAGAAAGUAUGUUAGAGUCAACACAGACUUCUGCAGUUUUUCCUAAUUUUAGUGAUAGGGUAGCACUGAAGCCAAUCCAAGAUCCCAAGAAGGAAUACACAGUACAGCAAGCUCUAUUUUGCACCUCUGGUGUUAUAAGUUCAAUACCUGUGCCCUUAGCUGGAAGAGCUCUUUGUCAACAUCAGAUUUCCUCUGAUGCUUAUAAAGCAAAAGUACCCACUGCUCCAAAUUCUGAUGACAACAUGAAAAUACACAAAGACUCCACUCAUCCGUUUUUCUCAAGCAGAAAGAGAGAGGAGAAGGUCGCUUCUUUCAGAAAUAUCUACCUAACUUCAGAUCACAGUCAAAGUACUGAAAAUACUCCAUCGCUGUUGCAUAACCAAAAUGAUACCAAACAAACAAAUAACAGAUAUGCAACGAACAAUAAUUCGGAAUUAACAAGCGGGUCAAAAGGCAUUAAUACUUUCUCUGGAACUAUGGUAGAUAUGAUAGUAAAUGAAGCUUAUGAAGCCAUAACUUCAUCUAGAGUAACAAAAGCAGUAGAAGAGUAUACGGAUUUUUUAACAAGGAAAAUAAUAGAUAGAAAACCUUAUGUGCAAUGUAUUGGUGAAGACGCCCCCAAAAAUAUGUUUGCAGAUCACUUGGCCAAGUAUGUCGUAAAACAAUCUGUGGAUGAAAGUAAAACUAUGUUAUGCACCACUAGUGACAAUUUAGCAUGUAACAUGAGCUCACAGACUUAUACAGAUAUCAGUAGAAAAGAACAAUGUGUGAUAAAGAAGCAAGAGGCUGAGAAACAAAGUAAUGCUUCUGUAAUUGUGGAACAACAACAAAUGCCUUUGAAUAAUCCAUGUAAAUUUCCUCUUACUCCAUCUCAUUCUGUUCAGUGUUUUUCAGAAUCUAAAGAUUACUGGCAGGAACAAAAAGGACACAGGUUUUCUUCAAAAUCACCACCGCUCUGUUCCACUGUGACUUGUGCUAGGCAUGUUCUAGAGGACUUUACUGACACAGGAAGCUGCUCAGUAACGUACUUAAACAAGCCUUCAAAAAACCACGACACUCAGAAACCAUCACCAGGAGCUUUGACUUACAGGCAGGCUGAUUGUUUUCUGCAUGCAAAUAGCUUUUCUUCAGUGAUGUUUGGCAGUGAAGAUGCUUUGCAGGUGGGAGAUAAAUCGAGUCUCAAAGAUGGAAAUACCUGUGCAAUGCCCGAUACACCCCCACCAACUCCUUUAGUGCCAUGUCAAGGUAGUUCUGAAAGAAAUCUAAGAAAACUGUCUAAGAAACUCAAGGGAGAAUUAGCAAAGGAAUUUGCACCUGCAACACCACCUUCUACACCGUACAAUCCAUCCGUUGCUGGUUCGUCUGAAACUGAACGUUACUCUUUGGGAAAUGAGGAAUUUAUGCUGAAACUCAUGCGGUCACUUUCCGAAGAAGUGGAAAGUAGUGAAGAUGAAGAUCGUUCUGAAAUGCCGAUUGAGAAAGAGGAGCGUUCGGAAAAAACAGUUCAGUAUGCAGAUUGCUUAGCUAGGCAUAUAAUUUCAAUAGCGACUGAAAUGGCAGCUUCCCAUUUAGAUGGUAAAACAAUCGAAAGAGAAUCUGAUAGACAGGUUCAGUUAGGUAUGCAAAACAAAAGGUGCGGAGAUACUGCAUUUGUAAAUAUCCCAGAAGAGACAUGCAGUUCUUUAUGGAAUUAUGCAGGUGAUAUGGCAGGAAGAGUCAUCAACGAGGCCAAGAAAAUAGUGAAAUCAAGACAUUGUAAACUGUUGAGGUUGAAGCGAGUUAACUGUCAGGUGGAUUGCCUUUAUCUGAGAAAAGGUGAUAAAGAUUACGGUUCAAAAGAACGGUGUGGUCCAGUGCGGGACCAGUGGCUGGGGGAGAGAGAUUCAUCCGUGCUUCCUUUACCACAAGGUUCAGGCAUGACAGGUUUGACUUCCAAAUACCCAAGCUGUGAAAGCGUGACUGAUGAAUAUGCAGAUCACAUUAUUCGAGUUUUGAAAAGGGAAGGUGGUAAUGCUGAACUGCUAAUGGAUCAGUAUGCUAGCAGGCUUGCUUACAGGUCUAUCAGAUCAGGCUUGCAGCAAGCUGCUAGAAAAAACAAAUUGAGAUACCUCAGAAAGACACUUCCUGGGCAAAACGCACAGGUAAAUGGUAAGCUGGAGCUCAUCAAAGCAGUGACUAAAGAUGCAGCGCAGCAAGUGAAAAGCAACAUUCAUCUCUGUGAAGACCAACCGUACGAAGGGAGUAUCGGCACACGGAGAACAGAAUGCCCAGAGUUGUUACGUUUUUCAGAAUCCCUUGCUCGCAGUAUCACUUGUGACGUGAGGAAGAAAUUGAAAAUGUCGGGAGCAUGUUUGCCAAAGUCCCUGACAGAUUCCUGUCUGUAUAAAAAGACUGAGUUUGAUGAAGUCACAGGGGAUCUUAUUAAACCGAGAUUUUCUAGGACAUUUCUUCCUUUCUCCCCAGAUCAUAAACUGUAUCAUAGUACAGGCAGUUUAAAUGAAGAUGGCUACAGUGAAGGCAUAAUUCAAGCUAUAGAACAAUAUGCUAGGAAAGUAGCAGAUGAUACUCUAGAAAUGAGUUUAGAAUCGGCUGUUCUCCAUGUGGCUGAAAACAGAAAAAAUGGGGAUAGGCUCUCAUAUACUGAGAAACUGUCUCCGUUUUCUGGAACUGUCUGUAGAUGCUGCAGCAUGAAGGAGCAUCGGUGCUGUACAGAAAGUACGUCUCAUCAUCUGCCUGUGCAAGAAUCGUCCAUUCCAGUGAGGCAUUUUCUUCACUCUGGAUUAGGUGGUGCCUGUCAAAAAUCAAGAGUGUUUCAGCUUGAUAUUCCUAAAAUUCAUGUUGAUGUAGAACAGAAGACAGUGUUUUCUGACAAGGGGGCUACUGCAGCUGUAGAGAAAGCAGGAGAGCUGAGUUACACAAGCCUCACAGCUGACAGUGGUAUUGGACAAGAUGGAGUCAGUUUUGCUGAAAGCCUUACUACUGAAAUAAUGACAUCAGCUAUGACUAAUAUUGGUCAGGCAGUUAACAUAAGCUCUGUUGGAAGAGAAGGAUUUCACUCUGUUGAAUCUAUUGUUAGCCAGCAGAUGAGUCUUAGUAUUGGUGAUGAUAGCACUGGGAGUUGGUCCAAUCUAAGUUUUGAAGAUGAGCAUCCUGAUGAGAGCAGCAGUUUUCUUCACCUCAGUGACAGUAAUGGUAACAGCAGUAGCUGGAGCAGUCUUGGUUUAGAAGGGGAUAUGUAUGAGGAGAAUUUAUCCUUUCCAACAUCAGACAGUGAUGGAACAGAGGAUAAAGAUGAGGACUCCAAGGAUGCUGUAGAAGGUUUGGAACAAAUACGAAAGACUUUAGCGAUAGUGAAUAUUGAUCUGGAACCAAAUCUAGUGGACCUCCAGCUCAGAGCAGCACUCCAGUGGCUGGCAGCUUCUGAAACAGAGGUGUCUGAUCUUCACUUUCGUGACGCUGCUGCAAGGGAAUUUGUUUUUCUUUCCAGGAGACUGCGAGAAAGAGAUUGGAGAGUUGGAGAUCUCUUGCAAGCAGUGCUGAAAUAUUGUGAAAUGAUAGAGAAGGUGUCUGAUGGAGAGCAAGCUCUAAAUAAGUCUUUGGUUGGUUGGCUUCUGGAAAACAUCUGA